CGGUUUGAACUGAGAGGCCGAGCGGGAACCGUUAGUGGUGCGCGACCUAGAGACUCAAUUCCAGACAUCGAAAGGGAUAGCUGUAGGGAGAUACGCCGAGACGGACUUCCACACGCUGAGAGGUUUACACUGACUCCGGCACUAGCCCAACCCGCACCCUCCUCCGAGUCCCGCCCAGAAGCGGCAGGACCAGGCCACUCGCCCGGAAUGACUACCAAGGAGAAUUGGGACCCACAGCGGCUCGGGAGCAGUAAGAGGCCAUUUACUCCGAAUAGGUUGUGUAGUCCAAAGCCUUGUCUGAAAAAGCAGCUGAGUGGAUCCUCCAUUCCUGUAUCACCGACCACCAUCUUCUCAAAAAACAUGUCCAAAGUUGCUACUGUGGUACCACAAGCAACAGCACUGGGAUCUGGAGUUCAAAGAGUACUGGCAGAACCAGAAAACCAGCAGUUAGUUAAAAACUGGUCCAUCGAUGAUUUUGACAUUGGACGUCCUCUUGGAAAAGGCAAAUUUGGAAAUGUGUACAUGGCUCGUGAACGGGAAACAAAGUUUAUCCUGGCACUGAAAGUGCUUUUCAAGUCUCACCUUGAGAAAGAAAAUGUUGAGCAUCAGCUCCGAAGAGAAAUUGAAAUUCAGUCCCAUCUCAAGCAUCCGAACAUCUUGAGGCUUUACAACUAUUUCUUUGAUCGAACAAGAAUUUACUUAAUGUUAGAAUUUGCUCCUCGUGGAGAGUUGUACAAAGAGCUGCAGAAACGAGGCUGCUUCAGUGAACAACAGAGUGCUACUUACAUGUUGGAACUGGCCGAUGCAUUACUUUAUUGUCAUUUAAAGAAGGUGAUUCAUAGAGACAUCAAACCGGAGAAUCUACUACUUGGUCUGCGUGGGGAAUUGAAAAUAGCUGACUUUGGCUGGUCUGUGCAUGCUCCUUCAUCCAGAAGAAAGACUUUAUGCGGCACUUUGGAUUACCUGCCUCCAGAGAUGGUGGAAGGGCGGUUGCAUGAUGAAAAAGUAGACUUAUGGUGCCUGGGCAUUCUAUGCUACGAAUUCCUGGUAGGACACCCUCCAUUUGAAUCAUCAUCUCACCAAGAGACCUACAGGAAAAUCUGUAAGGUUGAAAUCCAUUUUCCAUCCAGCAUGUCAGAUGGUGCCAAGAGUCUGAUCAGCCAGUUGCUUCGACAUAAUCCAGUCCUAAGACUUCCCCUUAAGGGAGUGAUGGAACAUCCAUGGGUGAAAGCCAAUGCCCGGAGGCUCCUUCCACCAGAAUGUACAACCAGCGGAGAGAAUGGAGGAUCUCACUAACUUGUAUACAAGCCAUGUAAUUAGCAAUCUUGUGUAAAUAUACAACCUUUUAUACUUAAUUUUUGUACUUCAUGUCUUUUCUCUACCCUUAAUCCUCCCUUGAUGUGGUUUCAGCUGUUUAUCUUCUCAACUUGGAGCUGACCUUAGAAUGUAGUAUUGAUAUAUCGAUAUUCAUAGAAAAGCUUCAGUCACUUGAUACACAGAUCUUGAAUAUUGCUGAAGAUUUAGCUUAUACUCAUUAGGACAAAUUUUAAACAAUCUCCAAUUUAUACUACAUGAAAAAAGUGUCAAUUGUUGACCAGUUUCUUGUCAGCACCCUUUCAAGAAAUGAUUUGGUUCUUGUUUCAAGUUCAGGUUUUAAUAUUUUUUCUUGAGUUCUUUAUUGUAAAUCAUGUUCUCCAUACUGGUAUUCAAUCUGUUUUGUGUUGCUUUAGUGUAAAUGACAGUGACUGGUUCUGAAGCAACUCUAAUGUAUGUGAAACAUGUAUUUGUUGGUUCAAGGGAGCUGACUGAGCUCUGCCAGAUUCAAUUACUUUGAGUUGUUUCUUUUUGCUGCAUUCAGCCAUUAUAUAAACUUUGCAAACUGCCUCUGAAGUUAUUCAGAAAGCAUUAUAAUAUUUUUUAGGCAACAGUGUCUGUGGCACUUCCUUGUGAAAACAGAUGCCAUAUUCUAACAGUCAUGAACUUCCUGCUGUUUACUUGCAAAUAAAAGUAUCCUGAAAUUA